ACGAGGGGGGGGGUUGAUUGUGUCGCCCCAGUUUUGGAGUGCAGCUGAAUGAGCGCGCGCUGAACCCACGUGGUUAGAUGGCGGAGGCUCCGCACGCGCUUUUGUUCCAAAUCAAUCAAAAAGCGGAGGAAGACGGACAGACAUGAGCGGAGCUGCUGAAUCAGGAAACCCAUAGCGCACCAUACACGAGUGUAAAUACGAGUAUACAAGUCUAAUAAGAGCAACUCCGAGUAACAUUUACAUUCCUUAAGUCAAUAUAUCGACAUUUGAGAAGCGAGGAAAAAGUUUUGAACCGAUUUUGCAGUUACUAUGCCACGCAAGAAGGUGACUGAUGUCUCUGGGAACGGUGGACUGAAGAGAAAGAGAGCCAGCGGUAAAAAGAAAGACCGGGAGUUCAGCAGCGACGACGAGUUUGAAGAUUAUGAGCAGGAAAACACAAAGAAGCCCGGCAAGCAAGCGACUAAAUCCGGCCUCCAGCCCGUCACAGUGUCUGAGGAUGUGAAGGAGAAAAUUAAACUUGAGGUGCCCAAGGUCAAAGGUCAGUUGCUCAUUUUUGGGGCUACUAACUGGGACCUGAUCGGCCGAAAAGAAGUGCCAAAGCAGCAAGCUGCAUACAGGAACCUGGGCCAAAAUCUGUGGGGUCCUCAUCGCUAUGGCUGUCUGAAUGACGUGAUGGUGAGCAGUGUGGUGUCAGGGCCCUGUGCCGCCCACAGCCUGCUCAUCACCACUGAAGGCAAACUCUGGAGCUGGGGUCGCAAUGAUAAGGGCCAGUUGGGCCAUGGAGACACCAAGCGAUUGGACGCUCCGAAGCUUGUGGAGGGUUUGGGGGAGGAGGUCAUAGUGUCGGCUGCCUGCGGUCGGAACCACACCCUUGCUUUAACAGAAAAUGGUACUGCCUACUCAUUUGGAGAGAACAAACUUGGCCAGCUUGGUCAGGGCAAUCAGACAGAUGCAGUCCUGAGCCCAGCUACAAUCUUGUACAAUGGACAGCCUAUAGUUAAAGUGGCAUGUGGUGCUGAGUUCAGCAUGGUGGUGGACUGUAAGGGCAAUAUUUACUCUUUUGGGUGUCCGGAGUAUGGCCAGCUAGGACAUAACUCAGAUGGGAAAUUCAUAGCUCGAGCCCAGCGUAUCGAGUUUGACUGUGAGCUUAUUGCUCGACGAGUGGCCAUUUUCAUUGAGAAGACCAAAGAUGGUCAGGUGAUGCCUGUACCCAAUGUUGUGGUGCGGGAUGUUGUGUGUGGUGCCAAUCACACACUGGUGCUGGACUCGCAGAAGCGCGUUUUCUCCUGGGGUUUCGGAGGCUACGGACGUCUGGGCCAUACCGAACAGAAGGAUGAGAUGGUCCCUCGUUUGGUCAAGCUUUUUGAUUUCCCUGGUCGUGGAGCGACCCAGAUAUACUGUGGAUAUCAGUGUUCCUUUGCUGUCAGUGAAAUGGGUGGGCUGUUUUUCUGGGGUGUGACAAAUACAUCUCGUGAGUCCACCAUGUACCCAAAAGCUGUUCAGGACCUGUGUGGCUGGAAAAUUCGCAGUCUGGCCUGCGGGAAGAGCAGUAUCAUCAUUGCUGCUGAUGAGAGCACCAUAAGCUGGGGACCCUCACCCACAUUUGGUGAAUUGGGAUAUGGAGACAACAAGCCCAAAUCAUCCACCACAGCUCAGGAGGUCAAAACUCUGGAUGGAGUGUAUUCAGAACAGGUGGCGAUGGGUUACGCUCACUCUCUGGUUAUUGCCCGUCAGGAAACUGAUCAGGAGAAGGAGAAACUCAAGAAGCUACCAGAGUACAAUCCGCGCACACUGUGAUUUUGCCAUGUUCUGUCAAUCACCACCACCAUGUUAUGCAGAGGCUUCUGUUUUUCCGCACAGACUCUCUGCCUUCUAGGUCACUGGGGUAGUCACAGUUUGGUUGAGUUACAAUUCUUCUUUAUUAGGACUUCUGGAGCUGAGAAGGAGCCCUCAUAUGGCUCUCUCCAAGCACUUAACCUUCAUUUGGAAUUCUUCUAUUCACUUAUACAUUCCUAAAGGAAGUUCAAAAAAGUUUUUUUGUAUUUUCUUUUUUUCUCCACUAAGUUGGCUGGAAAGAACUGUUGUCUGCUCUCUUCAAAUAAUUGGUGCUAAAUCAUUUUGAGGCAGACCGUUUAAGCUAAUGAUACAUUAGCUGGCAUCACUGAAAAGACCAACACUCCAUGCUUGUGCCUUUUUAAGUGAUCAAGUCAUUCAGGCUGUGGAUGCUUUUGUUGUCCCAAAGAUCUUCCAUCACUAUGUAAUCUGGGACCAUGGCAGGUUGUAUUUUUGUUUGCAGUCACUUAAAACGUUUUAUGUACUGUGCCAUUUCUUUUGUGUUCUCACUUGUGCUUGUUGUCAUCCCCAUGUUUCUCAUUCUAGUAAACUACCUGUAUUUAAGUUGUCUAAGUAACAGACUCUGCAGGAUAAAUCUUUGUGUAAGGCCCCAAAUCAUUUUUGUUUGGAAAAUGUGUCCAUUAGGAUGCCCAAAUGUUUUCAUAAUUUUAAAUAAAGGUUUGUGUUUAUGUUGGUA